UGAUGACGUCUCUGCCCGCCCCUUGACCCCCGCGGUCCCGCCCCCUUUCCUACCUCCUGGUAGCCGGCGGCGGAGUCUCAGGCGACUAUGGAAAGAUCCGAGACGGUGGCCGCCUCUCCUAGGGAAGAGGCGACCUGCUCUUCCUGGGGGACUGGCAGCACAAAUAAAAAUUUGCCCAUUAUGUCAACAGCAUCUGUGGAGAUCGAUGAUGCAUUAUACAGUCGACAGAGGUACGUUCUUGGAGACACAGCAAUGCAGAAGAUGGCCAAGUCCCAUGUUUUCUUAAGUGGCAUGGGUGGUCUUGGCUUGGAAAUUGCAAAGAAUCUUGUUCUUGCAGGGAUUAAGGCAGUUACAAUUCAUGAUACAGAAAAAUGCCAAGCAUGGGAUCUAGGAACCAACUUCUUUCUCAGUGAAGAUGAUGUUGUUAAUAAAAGAAACAGGGCUGAAGCUGUACUUAAACAUAUUGCAGAACUGAAUCCAUAUGUUCAUGUCACGUCAUCUUCUGUUCCUUUCAAUGAGACUACAGAUCUCUCCUUUUUAGAUAAAUACCAGUGUGUAGUAUUGACUGAGAUGAAACUUCCGUUGCAGAAGAUGAUCAAUGACUUUUGCCGUUCUCAAUGCCCUGCAAUUAAGUUUAUCAGUGCAGAUGUACAUGGAAUUUGGUCAAGGUUGUUUUGUGAUUUCGGUGAUGAAUUUGAAGUUUUAGAUACAACAGGAGAAGAACCAAAAGAAAUUUUCAUUUCAAACAUAACGCAAGCAAAUCCUGGCAUUGUCACUUGUCUUGAAAAUCAUCCUCAUAAACUUGAGACCGGACAAUUCCUAACAUUUCGAGAAAUUAAUGGAAUGACAGGUUUAAAUGGAUCUAUACAACAAAUAACUGUGAUAUCGCCAUUUUCUUUUAGUAUUGGUGACACUACAGAACUGGAACCAUAUUUACAUGGAGGCAUAGCUGUCCAAGUUAAGACUCCUAAAAUAUUUUCCUUUGAACCACUGGAGAGGCAGAUAAAACAUCCAAAGUGUCUUAUUGUGGAUUUUAGCAGACCUGAGGCACCUUUAGAGAUUCAUACAGCUAUGCUUGCCUUGGACCAGUUUCAGGAGAAAUACAAUCGCAAGCCAAACGUUGGAUGCCAAAAAGAUUCAGAAGAACUGUUGAAACUAGCAACAUCUAUAAGUGAAACCUUGGAAGAGAAGCCUGAUGUAAAUGCUGACAUUGUGCACUGGCUCUCUUGGACUGCUCAAGGCUUUUUAUCCCCACUUGCUGCAGCAGUAGGAGGUGUUGCCAGCCAAGAAGUAUUGAAAGCUGUGACAGGAAAAUUUUCUCCUUUGUGCCAGUGGUUAUAUCUUGAAGCAGCCGAUAUUGUCCAAUCACUAGGCAAACCUGAAUGUGAAGAAUUUCUUCCACGAGGAGAUAGAUAUGAUGCCUUAAGAGCCUGCAUUGGAGACACUUUGUGUCAGAAACUGCAAAAUUUAAAUAUCUUCUUAGUAGGGUGUGGAGCAAUAGGCUGUGAAAUGUUAAAAAAUUUUGCUUUACUUGGUGUUGGAACAAGCAAAGAGAAAGGAAUGGUUACAGUUACAGAUCCUGACUUGAUAGAAAAGUCCAACUUAAAUAGACAGUUCCUAUUUCGUCCUCAUCACAUACAGAAACCUAAAAGCUAUACUGCUGCUGAUGCUACUCUGAAAAUAAAUCCUCAAAUAAAGAUAGAUGCACACCUGAACAAAGUAUGUCCAGCUACUGAGACCAUUUACAAUGAUGAGUUCUAUACUAAACAAGAUAUAAUUGUUACAGCAUUAGAUAAUGUGGAAGCCAGGAGAUAUGUAGACAGUCGUUGCUUAGCAAAUCUAAGGCCUCUGUUGGAUUCUGGAACAAUGGGCACUAAGGGACACACUGAAGUUAUUGUACCACAUUUGACUGAAUCUUACAAUAGUCAUCGGGAUCCCCCAGAAGAGGAAAUACCGUUUUGUACUCUGAAAUCCUUUCCAGCUGCUAUCGAACAUACCAUACAAUGGGCAAGAGAUAAGUUUGAAAGUUCCUUUUCCCACAAACCUUCAUUGUUUAACAAAUUUUGGCAAACCUAUUCGUCUGCAGAAGAAGUCUUACAGAAGAUACAGAGUGGACACAGUUUAGAAGGCUGUUUUCAAGUUAUAAAGUUACUUAGCAGAAGACCUAGAAAUUGGUCUCAGUGUGUAGAAUUAGCAAGAUUAAAGUUUGAAAAAUACUUUAACCAUAAGGCUCUUCAGCUUCUUCACUGUUUCCCUCUGGACAUACGAUUAAAAGAUGGCAGUUUGUUUUGGCAGUCGCCAAAGAGGCCACCCUCUCCGAUAAAAUUUGAUUUAAACGAACCUUUGCAUCUCAGUUUCCUUCAGAAUGCUGCAAAACUAUAUGCUACAGUAUAUUGUAUUCCAUUUACAGAAGAGGACUUAUCAACAGAUGCCCUCUUGAAUAUUCUUUCAGAAGUAAAGAUUCAGGAAUUCAAACCUUCCAAUAAGGUUGUUCAAACAGAUGAAACUGCAAGGAAACCGGACCAUGUUCCUAUUAGCAGUGAAGAUGAGAGGAAUGCUAUUUUCCAACUAGAAAAGGCUAUUUUAUCUAACGAAGCCACCAAAAGUGACCUUCAGAUGGCAGUGCUUUCAUUUGAAAAAGAUGAUGAUCGUAACGGACACAUAGAUUUUAUCACAGCUGCAUCAAAUCUUCGUGCCAAAAUGUACAGUAUUGAACCAGCUGACCGUUUCAAAACAAAGCGCAUAGCUGGUAAAAUUAUACCUGCUAUAGCAACAACCACUGCUACGGUUUCUGGCUUGGUUGCCUUGGAGAUGAUCAAAGUAACUGGUGGCUAUCCAUUUGAAGCUUACAAAAAUUGUUUUCUUAACUUUGCCAUUCCAAUUAUAGUGUUUACAGAGACAUCUGAAGUAAGGAAAACUAAAAUCAGAAAUGGAAUAUCAUUUACAAUUUGGGAUCGAUGGACUGUACAUGGAAAAGAAGAUUUCACCCUCUUGGAUUUCAUAAAUGCAGUCAAAGAGAAGUAUGGAAUUGAGCCAACAAUGGUGGUACAGGGAGUCAAAAUGCUUUAUGUUCCUGUAAUGCCUGGUCAUGCAAAAAGAUUGAAGUUAACAAUGCAUAAACUUGUAAAACCUUCUACUGAAAAGAAAUAUGUGGAUCUUACUGUGUCAUUUGCUCCAGACAUUGAUGGAGAUGAAGAUUUGCCUGGACCUCCAGUAAGAUACUACUUCAGUCAUGACACUGAUUAACAGAAGUUGUCUUAACGUUACUCCGGGACUACUUGAUUUUGGAAAGAGUGCACUUAAUUCAGAAGCUAAAGAAAAUCAGCUCAUAAUAUUAUGGAUUUCUCUCUCAUGAAGCCUUAAUUUUAAGGAAAACAUCAGUAGGAAACUGCACUGAAGAAUUAUAAAACAUUUUGGGGCAUAGUAUACACUUGUCUAAUGGUUCACACAUGGCUAUGAUCACAAGCAACUUUGAACUGGAAUGCCAUUUUAUAAUGCUUACAAGAAAUGUGUGUAUUAAUCUGUGUAUUAAUCUCUCUGGAUAAAAAGAAGGAAAAAUAUGUAAUGAAGAAAUUGAAAGCAACAAAUGCAACUAUCAAAAAAGUUUAAUUUUAUUUAAUGAAUUUCUUUUUUGUUUAAAGACCGAUUUUCUAUACAAGUAGUGUUUGGCACCCAGCACCUCUCAUAAGGUUAGGCUUUGAGAAUUCAAUACACUGGGAAGAAGAGGUAUGGUAAUAGUGGAUGAAGAGUGGACAUUUUAAAUUGUACAGUUACAGUUUACUGUCCUGUUACCUCUCUGCUCGUUUAACCAGAGUUCGUUAUGUCACUGUGUCCCAAAAUCAGGAUUUUUGUUGAUAGCAUCAGUGUUGUAGGAGCAGCAGGUCGGAUAAGACAUGUUAACUUGGACUAAAUGUGAACAGUAUUAUAUGGAUUCUCACAGCCCUCUUAGAGAAUCCGUGAAUGUGAACAGACAAAUGUGGCUAACCAUUUGAUUCUUCAGUAUGCCUUCUAAUGUGGCUAUUUUAUUUAGGUGAGACUCUAAACCUGAUUGUCCUAUUAUCUAAAACUAAAAGAUUUUGUAAAGGGAGUGUCCUUAGAAAUAGAUGAAAAGUAGAAUGUUAAAAAUUAUUGCUAGGGGGGUCUUUUUUUCCCAUAAAACUAAUGGAUUUUUUUUUUAAGAGAAGCACAUUAUUUCAUUCCCAUUCCCAGAAAGAGAGUUAAUGAAGAUAAAAAUUUAUUUUUUAAGGUCUUUAUUGAGAUGAACUUUCUGUUUUGUGGUAUGAACUAUUACAGAUGUUUCUAUAAGUACUUUCAUUAGAAUGAUAUAAACCGUAGCACCCAACACUGUAAACUCAGUGAAAAUAGUAAAUGAUUCUUUUAUCACAUUCUGAAGCAAUUGGCAUUUUUUUUAACCAUGGGAAGUCAUUUCCCUCUAGUUCCUUUUUUUCUUCUCUCCUGCUCAGACUAUUAGUAGGUACUUUAUUAAAUAAAAAGCUAGAUUAACAUCAGUAUUACUCAAAUUUGGUAUCUUUUUAUAUCAUGUAUUAUACUUUUUAUUCAUUUACAAAUAGCUUAAAUUACUUUGUCAACUAGCUGUAUUGUUUCUUUCUUUUGUAAAAGUACCAUCAAGUGGAGAAAAUAUAUGUGGAAGUAGAAAGUGAAUCUGUAUAAUUAAAGGAUAAUCUAUACAUAGAGAACUGGGCAAAAAUGGAUAGGAUGAAUUUAAAGAAAAGGACUACAUUUGGAAAAAAGAAAUUAAAUUUUGUUCACAUAUCCUACUCCUUACCAUUGUGCAUAUUCCAAGUGUCAUAUUUUAAAUUAAGGUUACUUAAAACUGAAUCCAGGAAUAUCAAGGCUCUGUUUCUUAGAAUUUUAGAGGAUAGGACUAAUAAAAGGACUUUUGAAAAGAAGCCUUUUUUUUCACAUUCACUUUGUUUUGUGCUCUUUGAGAGUAACUGAUAUUUUCCAGGUAGUCAUUCAGCAGUCCGUAAAUAUGAUUCAAUAACUUGCUUAUAUUUUAUUGAAGUCUUGACAUCUCUUCAGGAGUAAAUUUAGAAUGAGGCUAUCAGUUCAUAUUAAUAAAUAUUAGUGCUUUAUCAGAUGAAACAAAAUCAACAAAAAUUAAGUUCAUUUUGUGAUUAAACCUGAAACCAUUUUUUCAUUAUUCUUCUAUAGUUAAUGGUUAUUGCCAUAAUUUCUUCUGUUUAGUUCUACUAAGCUAGAAAGCCAGGGUAAAGUUUAUGAUAAUUCCCAUUGUUUUGUUUAUUUCUUUACCAUGAGAUCACUGUUGGUGACUGAAAUACCAGGUGCAAAAAUUAAUGAUUUGAUUUUUGUACGGUUCCAAUGAGUAAUUUUUUACUUAUUAAAAAUAAAUUAAGAAAUUUAAAAAUA